AUGGCACCCAAAGCUUCACAAGAAGUGUCCACAUGUCGGACUCAUCCAUCGAACACAAAUGCUCAUCCUGGCAGGCCUGUUUUGGAGGCCAAAGCUGAGGAGCACCUCCGGAAUGCAAAGAGAAAACUUCAUACCAAGAAAUCAAAGGUCACCAAUGACCCACAUGCAAAUGAAAGCCCUGAGGAGAAGAGUGCGCAAAUCCAGAAGGCUGCUGAACAAAUUGCAGGAAUUGAAGACAAUAUGGUGACUCUCAAGGCGAAAGCACUUGGAAACAAGCUGAAACCUGUUCACCCCCACCCCCACCCUCGCACUAAAGGCAAAAGCCAGCAAGUGCCUACUAAGGAUGCUGCCAGUGAUACGCCAACUGUCAAUGAUGGGCCAGAGGACAUGCUACUGAGUGCUAGUGAGGCUGAUGUGGUUGCUGAGAAACCUGGGAAGAAACAGACAGCAGAGAAGACAAAGACAUUACUAAAGGAAGCCAUCAGAAAUGCCCAGAAUUCUGAGAUCAAAACUGAUAGCAAUAAUAACUCAGAUAUCAAUACACGUGUCAGUGACAAGAAAGGCAACAAUGCAGCUUUGUCUACAACCAAAAAGCUGUCACUUGGUGGUUAUAUCAAAAACUGGGCCAAUGAUGUCCUGGAGAAAGCUUACCUGAAGUCCAACAUACUAAGUUCCAGAUCUGAAUCGCACACUCCUACUCCACCCCAAUCAAUCUUGUCCACUGCUACUACUAGUACCAGCACUAGUUCCAAGGCCACAUCUGCGAGCAUCAACAAGGAGAAGGCAACCAAACCUGACAUUCAUGAAUCCGAUGAUGUCCUGAUGGUUAGUGAUGUCGAUAGUCUCAAUGACUGUCCCAAUAGUCUUGAACAGCAUCCAGCUGCACUGCACUGGAAAGGGAAAAAGGCAGUUAGAAAGUCUACUACUAUAAUUGUUCCUGCUAGCAAGAGUGACUCCAAGCCUGAGCAGACGACUUAUGUCACUGAGUCUGGUGGUGUGAAGUGGAAGGCUGCUAGCAAUGACAUUCAGGAUUUUGUUGAUGAGACUGGAUCUGAGGCCUCAUCUGAGGCCACAGAUAAUUCUGACAUUCUGAUAGAUGAUUCACAGGAAAUGACAGGCUUCAUGCCUGAGGUUACCACAAUUCCCACCACCAAGAAGAAGGAAUAUGCUCCUUGCAAGACUACAUCAGUGUCUACCAUUGUAUCUCAGAAUGCUGCCCCUCCACCACCAAAGAAGUUGAAGAAAGAAAGCUCAGAGUCUACUAAUGACGACAAUCUCAUGCCUCCCCCCUCCACCCAAGUUCCAGCAGGCUAUUAUGACGAUACCAUGCCUCCCCCCAGCACCCAAGUCCCACCAGGCCACUGGACAACUGCUGCACAGGAGAUGAUCAAGCUGCGUGGUCAAUACUGUAACACUGACCUUCCCAUACCUGCCAACUCAAAGUGGGUGAAGGCCUUUUUGUCCACAGCAGUUCUUUGGGCUGGAAGUCAGCCUAAUCCAUGGGAGAUGUCUGAGUCCAUGAUGGUAGACACACUGCAGGACAUUUUUGAAGUAGUCUACCCUGGCGUCAAAUACAAGGUGAAUCUGAACAGCACUGUAUUCACUGUGAUGCAACAGUGGCUCUCAGAGUGGAGGAGCAACAUUGGCUCUGCGGCACUUGCUAUCAUUGUAGAUUUUUGCUCUCGCAUCAAAGAUGCACCAAACACCGAAGUUGCCAAGCAUCUCCUCAAAAAAUGUGUUUAUUUAUGA